GAGCCUCUCUCUCUAUCUCUCUCACACACACUCACUCCUUCUCUCUCUCACACACAUAAAGGACAGGAGAGGACACUGGAGACGAGGCGGGAGGCCAAGAGAGACCAGUGGGUUAUCUGUGUUGUGUUUGCUGUUUGGACACUGGACAUUUUUUUGUUUGUUUGUUGUGCCACGGUGACAAAUCAGGAUGUCAGGACAAAACAGUGAUCAACUGCAUCGAAACACUUUGGGCAUUUAUACAAACAUAAUGGAGCAGUUCAACCCAGGUCUGCAGAGACUGGUGGCACUGGGAAACAGCUACAUUCAGGCUUUCCAAGCCCUUGCUGUCACAAGUGAAGCCUAUUUCAAUGCUUUGGCAAAGAUGGGUGAACAGGCCAUGCAGCGUAUGUCCUCACGUUUGCUGGGUGAUGUAUUGAUACAGAUCUCUGAGAAUCAGAAGAGACUCAACAGUGAACUGGAGGGAGUGUUUCGUUGGUUUCACUCUGAGGUCCUGCAAGACAUGGAACACAAUGUCAGGUUGGAUAAAGAGUACAUAUUAGCCAGCAAGAGGCAAUAUGAGAAUGAGGUGAGAAACCAGGCAACCGCAUUGGAGAGACAAUUGAGGAGAGGGGUUCCACAGGACGGCAGUGAAUAUGUGCGAUUUCUGAGGGAGAGUCAAAAAGAGGCGCUAAAGGAGGAAGAAAGGAGAUAUCGAUUCCUGGCUGAGAAACACUGCGGUCUCUCCCAGUCCAUUGCCUAUCUCAUGAAUAAGACAGGGGGCGGGCUGCAGAACAAAGUAGAGGGGUGGAAAGAUCUGGUGAAUCACACCAGAGAAGCACGUCCACGCACUCCUCCGCGACUUGAUGAUAAUGUGGUGUUUAAUGAUGGUGUUAGUCGUUUUGCGGAGCCUUUGGGCAGAGUUCCUUCUAGAGGCCCCUCCCCCCAACGCAGUCGUUCCAACUCUUCCUCGGGAAUGCCUGGAGGCAGAGUGAUGCGAGCACUCGUGACCCACCCUCCAGCCGCGAACCCCACCCUCCUGCCAUUCGCCCAGGGAGAAACCAUAACUUUGCUUGUUCAGGAGCCAAGGAACGGCUGGCUGUACGGCCGCUGUGACAGUUCAGGACGGCAGGGCUGGUUCCCAGCUGCUUACGUAGGUCCCACAGAUGAGCCACCUGAACCGCCUGCCCCCAGCUAUCGUAGAAGCAGCGGCGGUAUGAGUAACCAUUUCGACCAACCCGUCAGCAGCAGCCACCAUGUGGCUCCGCCCCCGGCUCCUCCUCCACCUCCGUCAUUUAAAUCCAGCACGUCCAGGCCAGUUACGCCAACCCCUUCAGAAAAUAAAAGACAAGAUAUUUAUGGAUCUCGACCAGAACUUUUUCCAAGAGGCACAAAUCCAUUUGCCACUGUGAAGCUGAAACCCACAAAAACCAAUGAUAGAUCUGCUCCACGUGUAUGAAUAACAUUUCAGCCAAUGACAGUUCAGAUCCUGCUUGCAUAUCAGCGCUGCACAUUUUACGUCGUUCAAUCAUGCAUAUUCAAAGACAUUCAUUUUUCACUGUAAUUUUAUCAGUAAAUGCAUUCCAGUUUAGAUAAUGUGACUUGGCAAUGAUCAACGACUGGUCUUUUAAAACCCAUUAAAAUGAGUAGUUAGGCCUUCAGAGUUAAUGCAUGAGAAAAUCUGCCUCUGAAGGGGGCAAUCUAUAAUUUCUUUAUCUAUACUUCUCUAAAGUUCCUGCAAUAAGACUCUUGAAUAUCAGUAGUGACUGUGUGUCAUCAAACAUGUCAUAUUUCCUGGUUGUCUUAUGCUUUACUGUUAUCAGAUUUUUGUAUGUCAGAAUGGUGAUUUACAAAGUCAGCUUAAUUUCAAAUUCUGUUUUAUUCAAAGUGUACGUCUUUUAACUUUAUUAACAUUGUAUAUAAUUUGCAUUCUACUUUAUACAAAUGUUCAUUGUUAAGUAUCAAUUGUUGUUGUUAAAGCACUUUAAAUGUCUAGCAGUUGUUUAACUACAGUUCUAGGUGGUUUGACCUUUGACCCCUGGCGUCUCUGAUAACCCAGCUAUCGGAUGCUAUCCCGCUCCGUGCUUGAACUCUGUCUUUAGGCUCAGGUAAUUCUUCUGACGUGCCCAAUUAUGCUGCCCUUAAAUUGGGUGUUCGGUCUGUUUAAGUGCCUAUAAAGUGAACGUUCUUUUAACCUUGACAGUAAUUGGCGAGACCUUUUACCAAGGUGUCAAACCCAUUAGCGCAAACUCAUUUGUAUGUUUUCUCAACUCAAAAGAUGUUUUUUAAUUGAUGCAGAAUUUUUAAAAGUUAAGUAUGGUGGCCUUUAUCACAGCGAUUCAUUGUGUGGUUUGCUUGAUAAAUAAAGGAAACAAAAUACAACA